CGGAGUAGUAUUUUGAUCGGUUCGAUCACCGGUCAGGUUCCGAAAAUUAUGACACAAAUACCUUCCACCAGGCCGGCCUAAGUUGAUACGCAGGAAAUAAUUAACGAACGAGGAAAAAUCAAGACUCAUAGAGUGCUAAUUUGCCACCGUCUCUUGAGUGGUGAGAUUCUAGAAUCAUCUGCGAAAUGAGCUUCUCAGACGCCUCUUCUUUCUCCCUGGUUCGCCUCAAUAUAGGAGGAAAUAAAUUCUGCACCACAGUGGAUACCCUGACACGACGUGAACCUGAUUCAAUGCUUGCUGCAAUGUUCAGCGGCCGGCACACUCUCUGCCAGGACCCCAAAAAGGGAUAUAUUUUUGUUGACAGAGAUGGAAAGCACUUUCGGCAUAUUCUUAAUUGGUUGAGGGAUGGAAUUUUGCCCAAUCUGAAAGACUUUGUGUAUUCAGAACUCCUGCGGGAGGCAGAGUACUACCAACUUCUUGGACUGGCCGAGGGGAUUAAAGCUGCAUUAAGUAAGAGGAAGGAGGGAGAGGAGUUGGUGUCAGAAUUGACACGCACGGAUAUCAUAAAAUGCAUACAGUCUGAGAGAGUCAGAUUCCGUGGGGUUAAUCUUUCUGGCCUUGAUCUUUCUAAACUGGACAUGUCUUUUGUGGACUUCAGCUAUGCAUGCCUUAAAAAUGUAUUCUUUUCGCGUGCAAACCUUCAAUGUGCAAAAUUCAAGGAUGUAGAUGCUGAGGGUUCCAUUUUCCAUAAUGCCACUCUACGCGAAUGCGAAUUUACCGGGGCAAACCUUAGAGGAGCGUUGUUAGCUGGUGCAAAUCUUCAAAGCGCAAACUUACAAGAUGCUUGCCUAAUAGACUGCAGCUUUUGUGGUGCAGAUCUGCGGUCUGCGCACCUACAGACUGCUGAUCUUACCAAUGCCAACUUUGAAGGAGCUAAUUUGGAAGGGGCCAACCUGAAGGGUGCAAAGUUGACAAAUGCCAAUCUGACUGGUGCAAAUCUUCAGAGAGCUUAUCUCCGACAUGUCAACCUUCGUGACGCUCAUCUGGACGGAGCAAGGCUUGAUGGAGCCAACUUACUGGGAGCAAUCAGAUGAUCGUUCAUUUGAGUUCACCGUCUUGGAGAUUUUGCAUUUGAGAGAGUACUACUCCCAUUCCCCAAAUAGUGAUGAAGUCUUAUUGGGCGCUUUGGCGCUGAUGAUACUUUGUUGAAUAGUAUUUAUCACCUCUACUAUGCACUUCAACAUUAUUAUUAGGACACACUCACCUUGUUAACUGGAAAUGAGAGAGAACUGUAUUCCGAAGUUAAAAGGAAUUCCGGGUCUCACCUUUAGCCAGUCAUUCUCCAAAUUUCCUUUUUCUUGGUUUCUUUCUUUGCCAGCUUCCCUAUCAUCUUGUGGGAGAUUUACGGAGUAGUAUACUCGUGCCUUAUGCUCCAAUCUUUCUCUAAAAUGAAAACGCACAUUCAUUCUGUAUCCUUGGCAACUACAUAAAAAUAUGUAUAUUUU